ACUUUCCAUACGCCCAGCUUGGGGGACGAGGAGUUUGAGAUUCCUCCCAUCACGCCUCCACCUGAGACAGAAUCCAGUCUUGGACCAGAGGUGAACUCACCAUUCCCAGCAAUGCCAGAACCCCCUGCUCCACACAGGGGUCCAAUAAUCCCUCAGUUCCCCCCACAGAGUCUAGAUCUGCCCUCGAUUACCAUCUCACGCAACAUGAUGGACCAAGAAGGGGUGUCUGUCAACAACGGCCAGCCUGUGAAUGUCGGGCCGGGUCAUAUACGUCAGUACCCAACCAAUCCCUCCAUGGUGAUGAAGUCAAUCAUCAACAUGAACAGUCCCAACGGGAUGAUGUCACGGAACCAGCUGACCACCAUUAACCAGUCCCAGCUCAAUGCACAGCUGAGUUUAAACAUGGCAGGACCUAACAUCACCCAUACGUCCCCAUCACCACCGGCCAGCAAGUCCGCCACACCCUCGCCCUCCAGCUCCAUCAACGAAGACGACCAGGACGACAGCAACAGGGUAAUUGGAGAAAAGCGACCAGCCCCAAUUGAUCCRGCGAAAAAACCCAAGACUCCUAAGAAGAAAAAGAAGAAGGAUCCUAAUGAGCCCCAAAAGCCAGUGUCAGCUUAUGCCCUGUUCUUCAGAGACACCCAGGCUGCGAUCAAGGGCCAGAAUCCCAAUGCWACUUUUGGAGAAGUGUCUAAGAUUGUAGCAUCUAUGUGGGAUGGCCUUGGGGAGGAACAGAAACAGGUUUAUAAAAGCAAAACAGAAGCUGCCAAGAAAGAAUAUCUGAAAGCUCUUGCUGCAUAUCGCGCUAGCCUGGUUUCUAAGGCUGCAGCAGAAUCAGCUGAGGCCCAGACAAUUCGAACAGUUCAACAGACCCUGGCCUCCACCAGCUUGUCUCCAGGACUYGUGCUGCCGUCACCCCUCAACCAGCACCCUAACAUGCCAUCAGCCUCCCAGGCCCUGCAACAAGCUUUGCCUCGAGCCAUCGCCCCAAAACCUCUGCAGAUGAGACUUGGGGGCAGCCAGAUUGUGACCUCGGUCACAGUAUCCCACCAGAACAUGUCCUCUGGGAUGCCACCACAAAUGCUUGGCCAGAUGGGUGCUGGAGGAGCCAUGGUGGCGGGUGUUCAGUCCACAGCGGUGUCCCAGAUGAGUCCACCCAUGCAGUCGGUGCAACAGCAUGCCAUGCAGCAGCUCCAGCAGCAGCAGCAGCAGCAGCAGAUGCAACAGCAGCUCCAGCAUCAUCAGAUGCAGCAGCAACAGAUGCAUCACCAACAAAUCCAGCAGCAGAUGCAGCAUCAGCAUUUUCAGCAUCACCUUCAGCAGCAACUGCAGCAGCACCACAUGCAGCAGCAGCAGCAACAACAACAGCAGCAGAUGCAACUGCAGCACAUGCAGAUGCAACAUCAACUGCAUCAGCAGCAGAUUCAACAUCUCCAGCAGCAGCAGCAACAACAGCAGCAGCAGCAGCAGCAGCAGCAACAACAACAGCAGCACCAAUCCCAGUGUUCCCCACCUCAGCACUCUCCUGGUACCCCCCACUCAGUAGGAGGCUCUGCAUCCCUCGGCAGCCCCCAGCCAGCUCCCCAGCAGCAGCCACACCCUUCCCAAAUCCAGGCCCAUGCCCAGGUCCUGUCCCAGAUGCAACUGUUCAAAUCUACACACUGUGAAGGCUCAGUGAUAUUUGAAGACAGAGUCAAACCAUGUCAAAAAUGCAGACAACGUCUCAGACGAAGGAGGAGAACUGGAAGUAAAAGGUCUUUGGACACAGUUAUAUGGAUGAAUGACUGAACUGACUGAGAKAGAAACUGCCAUAAAUCAUUCAUGUCAUCACACCAUCAAACUGGAGCUGUGAUCUGCUGUACAUGUUUUGUAGAGAGGGGAGCGACGACAUCUCACAUUUCAAAAUAAUUUGCCCAAAACUGUGUAACAGGCAGUCUCGCCCUACUUGGCCUCGCACCCCACACCCCCCAAAAAAUACCUUCUUUAAUCUAUUUGUUUUUAUGUCAGAUGUUUAACAAUUAAAUUAUGUUUUUAUUUUGUGUAACAAAGGGGAUAUUUUAUGGUAAAUAAAAAAAAUAAUAAUCUGGAUCGAGGGAGAUAGUUUGGGGAAUUUAUGAAUUUUUACUCUGCUCGUUAAUGCUGUCAUUGUUUAAGAAAAAUAUGAAAACAGAAAAAUAGCAGAGCCAGUUUGUUGCACUGCCAAAGCCAACUAAAAAAAAGAUAUUGGAGGUAUUUUUUGCCAGCUGUACAGAAGUCCCUAGUGGGGUUUAAAAAAAGAGGAGGAGAUGUACAUUUUUCAUAUCACAUGUUGUAAAGUUUUAAUAUGUGAGGCUUUAAUUAAAACAUUGUUAAAUGACCUGUGAAUUGCUGUAUCACAUAGUGCAUUUCUGCUCUUUUAUACUUUUUUAUGAGUUACAAUAGCAGCAGUUCAUUCUGUUUGUAUUUUGCUUACAAACCAACUGCAUAUGGGAACUGUCAAUAGGAAAAAUGCAUAUUUGGUAUGAGGUUUUCCUGAAAAAUUUUGUUUGCAGCUCAUGAUAGGAAAUUUUAUCAUUGGAGUUUUUGCUCAGCCAUGAAGACAAUUCCAGAGACAUUCCAUCACUAAUAUGAUCGUAGCCAUAAAUUUUGUAUGAAGUAUUAUAUAUUUCUUUGUGUCUCUGUUGAAGAAUUAAACUAUCAGUCAAAUAUUUAUUUGGAGAAACUGGUUUCUUUGAAGCCAUCCUUUCAACAAAGGUUUCUAGUGCUGCACAAAAUAUGAAAAGAAAAAAAAAACAUCACAACUAUCAGUGUCUGCAAUAUCAUUAGCACAAAAGAUUGCAAGAAAUUCAACCUAUGUCAAUAAUGUGUUUGGCACUGCGGCCUAAAUGCCCACAUCCAAUUUAAAUAAUAGUGGCCGAGCUGCUAAAGAACACAGCGUGCUGUGAGAGUUGUGAAUGGAACAAAAGUGCAGAAAAUGUUGCAAAAUCCUGAUUAAAAUUGCAAUAGCCAGCAAUAUUUACUUAUUUUGUGAUAGUGUGCAGUCCUGUCAGAUCUCGAUCAUUAUUCAAAAGCAACAAACAUAACUGUAACCUUCGGUUUUUCACAAGGUAUUUAUAAAAUACAUUUUAUGUUUUUUUUUUUUAUCGAAGUCCGUAAAAGGUAAAAAAAAAAAAAAUACUUUGGACGGGAAACACAAGCAUUCAUGUCGGCUCCAUUGUAGUACGGCUGUUUCUCGGUGCUUUCAAUGGAAGCUCAUUGUAACUGUGUGUUGAAACUGGACAGGGUCAGCAUGUAACUGGUACUUGUCUCAAUAACAGUCCCUAUUCUCACACA